AAAUAUCUCUUCCAAUGAAGACGUCCAAGGGAAGCUACACAUUUUCCCUAGCAACAGCUUUCCUCAAACAACAGUAAAAUAUAUUUUAUCGAGGAUAACUUUGCUAUAUUUAUUUAUGUUUUCGCAUUUUAUUGAACAACAUCCACGAUGACAGAGGAGAAAAAAGACAAGGAAAAAGCACCAAUCGAUGAUAGUGCCUUUGAAGCACUAGAGAAAGAUUUUCAGGAGGUGCUUGCAGAGCUGACAGGAGAUAGAAGUCUAGAAAAGUUUCGUCUAGAAUAUGAAAAGCUUCACAAAGCUCUCAAGAAGUCUCAUGAAAGUGAGCGCAGACUUAUGCAAAAAUGUCGUGAGCUCAAUGCAGAAAUCGUGGCUAAUUCAGCCAAAGUGGUCACUGCACUCAAGCUGUCACAAGAUGACCAGUCCACUAUUGCCUCCUUAAAAAAGGAAGUUGAAAAAGCAUGGAAGAUGGUUGAUGCUGCUCAUGAAAAAGAAGUCAAGUCCAAAGAAACGGCUCAGAGACUGAAGGCUGAGAUUGAGCAACUCAGUAAACUAGUUGAACAAGGAGCUGGACUUUCAAUGGGACAAGAUCACAGCGUCAACGAGCUUUUAAAGGUCAAGGAAGACUUGACCAGAGAACGAGAUGACCAGCUCACUGAGAUAACAAAGCUGAGAGACCUUCUUGCCCAGGCCAAGGCCCAGCAGCAGAAACUGGAGGCUGACAAAGCGGAUGCAGAAGAGAAAAUCCAACAGCUCAACACUGACAUCCAGAUGCGUAACAACGAAGCCCAGAGAGAAGGGCGUAAGCGUGACAAGUUGGAAAGGGACUUAACCCAGGCGAAAGCAGACCUCGACAGCAAAAACUCUGAGAUUAAGAAGAUGCAAAGUCAAAUAGAGCACUACAAAGAAGAGAAAGACAUUUUAGAUCAACAGCUCAAGGAGCAAAGGGUAUUGAGUGAAAGGACACUUAAAGAUGCAGAGGUUCUCAAUAACAGGCUUCAGAAACUUACCUCUGAAUAUGAAAGUCAAUUGAUCAGUGCAGAUAACUUAGCUCAAGAAAACCAAACUCGUGCAGCUGAACUUAAGUUAAAAGAGGAUGAACUGAACAAUUUGAAAAAUGAAAGUCAGCGUCAGAACAAACUGAGAGAGACAGUUCAACGCAAACUCAGAACUGUUGAGGACAGUAAGGCUGACAUAGAACAACAAAAAGAACUGCUCAAAGGACAGAUCACUGGCUUGGAACGAGAGUUGGAAGCUGCUAAGAAACAAGCCGAGGUUGACAAAAAGGCCAUUGAUGACUUGGUUCGGGAAAGAGAUAUUCUGAAUAAGAAUCUCUUAAAGGCAGCUGGGGCAACUCAGAAGCAACUCCAUUUGGUUAAACUACAUGACCAGUCAAAGAAGAAUCUGGAACAAGAAAUCGCCAACUACAAGGAAGAGGCCCAGAAGCAGCGCAAAAUUAUCUACCAAUUAGAAAAAGAGAGAGAUAGAUACAUCAAUGAGGCUAGUGACCUUACACAAAAGGUUCUUCAACACAUGGAAGAUGUUAAAGUUAGAGAGAUGCAGAUCUUUGAUUACAAGAAGAAAAUAGCAGAAGCUGAGACAAAACUGAAACAGCAGCAAAACUUGUAUGAGGCUGUAAGAUCUGAUCGAAAUUUGUACAGCAAGAAUUUAAUUGAAUCUCAGGAUGAAAUCACAGAAAUGAGGCGUAAGCUGAGGAUUAUGACCCACCAAAUUGACCAGCUCAAAGAAGAAAUUCAGGCCAAGGAAGCUUCAUUAGUCAAGGAGACACUGACCAAUCAACAAGUGGAGAAGGAGAAGGAAACUCUCAAGGCUGAAUUGCAGAAAAUGAAACAGCAAGCAAUAGAAAAUGAUGCUCAAAUCAAAGAAAGAGAGUCAGAAGUGAAGAAACUUAAUAUGAUUAUUAGAGAGUCUGAUGCUGAGAGAAUUCGUCAGAAGAAAGAGCUUGACCAGGUUAUCAGUGAGAGAGACAUACUCGGCACUCAGCUAGUCAGACGUAAUGAUGAGCUGGCUCUUCUGUAUGAGAAAAUCAAAAUCCAGCAGUCGGUGUUGAACAAGGGAGAGGUUCAGUACAAUCAGAGGAUUGAAGAUAUCCGCAUCUUAAAGCUGGAGAUCAAGAAAAUGAGGAGAGAGAAAUUUAUUCUACAGAAGAGUGUUGCCAACGUUGAAGACUUGAGGAGAGAAGUUUAUCACAUUCAGCGAGAGCUUCUAAGGGAGAGAACUCGCUGCAAAGCUUUAGAGGAAGAGCUGGAGAACCCAAUGAAUAUUCACCGAUGGAGAAAAUUGGAAGGCAGUGACCCAUCCACCUUUGAAAUGAUACAAAAGAUUCACACACUCCAGAAGAGGUUGAUCCAGAAGACAGAGGAAGUGGUUGAGAAGGAACUCUUGAUUCAAGAAAAAGAGAAGCUGUACCUUGAACUGAAGCACAUACUGGCUCGACAGCCUGGUCCUGAAGUGGCUGAACAAUUGACCAUUUAUCAACAGACCCUCAAGGAAAAAACAAAACAAAUGAAGGGAAUGGUUUCUGAACUGAACAUGUAUGAGGCUCAGGUUGGAGAGUAUAAAUACGAGAUAGAAAGGAUAGCCAGAGAACUACAGGAAGUUAAAAAGAAGUAUUUCAUGCAGAAGAAAAAGGAACAAAUUUUCAAGGAGAGAGACAAAGCAUUAACCCAGUCAGGAGGACCUCCAAUCAUAUCCCAGCGAGCAGACGCACCGAGGUUUACAGGAGGAGGGUUCAAUUUAAAGGCAACAAAGUCAGCAGCUUAACAAGAAGACUUGAAAUAGAAAUGUUCUUUCAUGUUUCACAACAGCUCCAUUUGAAAACUCAACAUUAAUGUAUUUUUUUCUAUGUUACCUUACUUGGUUAAAAUAGUUUAUGUAAAAAUAUACAAUAGAAAUGUUUAUAUUUUCUUGGAAGAAAACAAUUUUGGCUGUCAAAAUGACCCACAAGGGUUAAAAAUGUUAUUGUUAAUUUUAAUGAUUCAUUUCUUAAGCAUUAUACACAAUCUAAGUUUUAAAUUUUUUUUUUUUAAUUUUAAAUAAAUCACACACAAAUAUUUCAUUACAUAUAGAGUCUUGAAAUGAGAAGCAAUACAAAUCUACUGCUGAGGAAAAUAUGCAAUCAUACAAAAAAAUAUAUUAACGAUUCUGAUGUUUAUUUAAAUGUACUAAGUCCAAUUGUUUAAUUUCUAUGCAUUGUUAAAGUGAGUACUGCUUUGAUGGAUGGCUGCCUGGCCAUGCGGUGGGCAAGCUGGACUUUUAUUUGGUCAUCUCGAUGGUUCCAGAUUCAUACCCUACCCGCUGCCAUUCCCCCCAUAGUCCUACGGGAGGUUUGAGCUAGGAUAUAGAUUACCGGUACCUUCAACUCUGAAGAAAUAUUCUAAACAUAUAAAACAUUUUACAAUAUUAGUCAGUAUUUGAUUAACAGUUUAUUUUGUGGUCCUUUACUGAUUUUAAUGUCUGCUGUAUUGAAGGAACUAUCCAUGGCAGAACCUGGAUAGUAAAUUGACAACGUCAGUGAUGUACAGAUUUUAAAGAGUUGUAUUAAGCUUUUUAAUGCAAAGUUUUGUCAUAGACUGUGAUAUUGUAUUAAUGUGAUAGUGAAAUGUAAACUAGCUGUCAUCACAUUGUUGGUUUAAUUAGAAACAUGAAAAUAUCAAUUUGUGUCAUGGAUUUACAGGAACAAAUUUCAAUGAUUUCUUGUAGACUAUAUUUUGUGAACAGUUUUUCUGUUUGAAGUAUUACUGUUACUUAAAAUCCUUCUGGUACUGCUGAUUAUUUACUGCUGAAAAAUAAAAAUCUUUGUUUAUUGAAA